ACCGCGCAUGCGCACCUUUGUCCACACGGUCUGCGACACGCGUACACGUAAAAACCGAACGCAGAAGACGUUCUCUACUACACCCGACGAUAGCAGGACCAUUCAGUUUUUCGCUUAUCUGCUCGUCAGGUGUUCCGAACCGAAGCUACGCCAUCUCAUCCUUCUGAAUCAGAUUGCCUGGUAAAAACCACAGCAGAACAUCAUGGGGUUAAACGAUCGUGGUAAGAAAUGCGCCGAAUCGGAGCUUAAAGUUGGCCUUUUAGCCGACCAACCCAAAGGACGUCGACCAUUCGCCACUCGUCUGAAGUCUGGCACGGUGAAGGUGUUUCGUUCAGUGAAGGGAUUCCUGUUUCCAAUUCCACCAGAGGAGUUGGUCAUACGUACCCGAGGUGUAGCAACAACCACGAUUACUACCUCCUCGACAACGACGAUAAUAACGACCAAGGCUAGGUCGACUACCACUACGCAUACCACAACGAUCACGGCCACCACAACCACGGUGACCACCUUCAAAUGCGUCACUAUCAAACCGGCCGUUGUCACCACCACAACUACCGAAUCCGUCAUUCCUUCUGCUAAUAAUGACAAGUUUUCAAAGACCACAAAAACAACGACCAUGACCACUACCACAACCACAACCAACAUCGACCCGAUCCCAAAAAUCACCACAACCAUCACGAAAACCAGGACCCGCCUCCCGCCUCGUGAUGCAUUCUUGGAAAUCAUGGUUAAAGUCUUGAAACCUAAAAACCCUUAGUAUCGAAAUCGCAAACUUACUAUGGAUAUCUUAUAAACAACAACUAUGUAUUUGGACUAAAUUUAAAUUUUUUUUCUACAGUAUUCACGAUAUACCUAAUCAUUCCGCAU